UCACUUAAACUGACUGGAGUUCCACCUGUUGCCUUGUUAGCUCUUGGUUCCUGAUUCCAUAAUUUGGGAUCGCCGAUGGAGCCAAGGGAACUCGCUCGAACGACUCGGCCGAAGGGAGUCGAGGCCGAGUUCUAUCCCGGCGCGAGCUUGGUCAGCCGGAGUAGCCUGGCAGAGGUUCCGGGGAAUAUGAUGCCCAACCCGGGGAAGGAACUCCCGGUUUCCAGGGAUCAGCUGGAUCACGAGGAGGACGAAGACCUCGGCUUGGGCAAGGACAUGGACGCCAGUUCCAACGCUGACAGCGAGAAGUGGUCGCAGGGAGAUGGAUUGGAAGAACAGGAGUUCUCCAUCAAGGAGGCUAGUUUCUCUGAAGGGAGCCUUAAGCUGAAGAUUCAGACCACCAAGAGGGCAAAGAAACCUCCCAAGAGCUUAGAGAACUACAUCUGCCCACCAGAGAUCCGCAUCACCAUCAAACCACCGACAGACCAGAAGACAACCAAACAUGGCAAGAGCAACAAGACAGGGAAGGAUGAGGACAAGGGACCCCCAAGGAAGAGGACUUACGAGAGGACUUUUAAACUUGUGGAUCAGAACGACAAUAAUACAAUGGAUAUUCUAGGGGACAACAUUAAACCAAAGCAUGACAUGAAAAGCAGUGAUAUUCACCAACUGGACUGGACAAAGCCAACAGCAGUGGAGCUGCUAUCCCAUCAGGAACAUAGGACGGAUUCUGAAUCAAAAAGAGAAUCAGCCUGCACUAACAAGAGCCUUCUCUCAGACCCCACUAUCCCCUUCUUAAAGACACAGGUCAAAAAGGUUUCAGAGGGUUCAUCUACAGGCCAUAUUGGCUCUGGAAUACCUGGCCAAGGCCCAGCAUCCCAAGCAUCUUCUGCAGAAGAUACAACAUUGAGUCCCCCAGCGGACACUAGUCUGUUGAUGCUUAGCUCUUUUAGUAAGGAUCGAGGAUCGCAGGAAGUCACUGAUCAAGUGUUUGGGAACAGCAAGCGGAAGUAUGUCAGGAGAGAUUCGAUGAGAGCCCUGGGUAACCACAGUUCAGAGCUGCACUGGUUAAAAAAGACUGACAGAGAUUCCGAUCCAUUAGCGAUGGACAACACAAAAGAGAAACAGUCACAUGGACCAGAGAUAUGUGAACCUCAUAGGGAGGAGUCUGAAGAUAAUUCUAAAAAGCCAGAGGGUGAAAACAAAGUGAUGCCGAUAUGUGUUCACCUCCAAACAGAUGAAUCGAAAGGUAGAAAACGAAGGAAUCGACGAUUAACUGAGGAUCAUGUUGCUCUGGAGGAAGAGCAAGUGACACGGUCAGUUGAAUCAAGUGACAAAGCAGAUCAAAGCUCUGGAAAACCCAAAGUGGCAAACAAAGUAGAUGUGAUUAAAGCGAAGCAGUUCGGAGUGAGUCAGGUGGAUAUGGAAGAUGGAAUUGCAGUAAAAGCAAAUAAUCUGGAAAUGGGUCAGAACAGGCACAGGAAAAAUCCAGUUGGAAGGCCAAGAUCAGUGGCUUAUCCGGGUAAACAAGCAGAUGAAAAACAACCAAAGGUCAAGGACAGAUGGUCAUAUCUGAAGGCGAAGAGCUCAGCUCCUCACCAAGAUAUUAAUCCGAUCCUAUCCAUCGAGGAACCUCCAUCAGCCUUUCCUAUUACACCAGCAAGCCCACUGUAUACCAACACUAACAGUCUGACAGUUAUAACCCCUGUGAAGAAGAAACGUGGGCGGCCAAAAAAGCAACCAUUGCUCACUGUGGAGACUAUUCAUGAAGGAACUGCCACAAGCCCUGUAAGCCCUAUUGCCCAGGACCCUUCAGCAACUUCAAAGAGAAGAAGAAAGAAACACAAUUUGUCAAAACUAGUACAGCUGGCCUUAAAUAAAUCCUCUUCUGCACACCAGAUGAAACUUACAAAGACAGGUCAUGUUGGUGUUCUUAAAAAGAGGACGGUUAAGAAAAUGAAGCUGGUUAAGAUGCAGAGCAUUUUGAAUGAACUUUUGUCCAGUUCAAGCAAUGGCAAUCUUGCCCUGAAAUCUAAUGCUCCUGUUUCAAAUGCCAUGUCAGCUAUGGCAUCGACAAUCGAGGCCCGUCUAGGCAAGCAAAUCAACGUCAGCAAACGAGGGACUAUUUACAUAGGCAAAAAACGGGGAAGGAAACCCAGAGUCGACACACAGACCCAACAUGAUGAGCACAAAGCUAGUGAUAAGCACUCAUUGCCAGUUUCUAGUCCAUUGGAGAACCUUGUAGUGCCUUCUAAUCCAUCGUCCACUACCGGAAUGCCUUCUCCCAGGGUCAUGCCUCCUCUCUCUGCGCAAUCUUUAGGAGCCUGUGGGAUGCCACACCCUCCCUCUACAGACACCAGCCAGCAUGACCUGAAGACCAUGCCAAAUCUACAGCCUAUCAGUGCGCUGCCCACAAAAACACCCAAGAGCUUGCUCAGCAGCAAUUGGAAGCUUUCUCCCCCAAGACUCAUGGCGAACUCACCGUCUCACCUCUCUGAAGUGGCCUCUAUCAAAGAAGUCACUCUUUCUCCAGUCAGCGAGUCACACAGUGAAGAGACAAUCCCCAGUGAUAGUGGAAUUGGCACUGACAACAACAGCACAUCAGAUCAAGCUGAGAAAGGCCCAGCUUCUCGCAGGAGGUACUCUUUUGACCUUUGCAGUUUUGAGGCGGCUGAAGCUGCUGCUCUAGAAGCUACCAGCAAAGCAGCAAGAGGGCAUUACCAGAAGCGUGCCACAGCAGUAGCUGUGGAAAAUUUCCUUGCUCAAGAAAGCCUUAAGAGACAGAAACACCGCAGAAAGCGCAAGAACCUACAGAGCAGAGAUGAUCUUCAGUUUCUGGCUGACCUUGAGGAGCUCAUUAGCAAGUUCCAGGUCUUCCGAAUCUCCCACCGCAGCUACAGUUUCUACCGUGAGAAUUCGUAUCCCAGCAUCUUCCGUCUCAACUUCGACCACUACUACCCUAUGCCAUUCUUUCCCUACGACCCUGUGCACUAUCUUCGCAGGAGUUCCGAAAAGUCGAAGAGAAGGCGGGGCAGGCCGGCCAAAUCAAAUGAGACAAUGACAAAGAUGCCUUUCAUUCAAGGGUAUGGUUACCCGGUGCCCAGUGGCAAUUACUAUGCACCCUACGCAAUGCCUUAUACAUCCAUGCCUCUUGCCACUAGUAUGAUGAAUAUGGGCUAUUAUGGUCAAUACCCUCCUCAUUUGUACUUAUCUCAUUCCCUCGGGCCUUCAGGGUCCUCUCUCAUGAGACCACCUGUUCCGCCACCAAAGUUCCAUUCUGGUGGGCCUUCUAACCUUGCUGCCGCCAGCCGACAUAGAACAAAGAGCACACCUCAUGAGUUGCCUUCAUCCGGGAUGAAGAACUCGCAGUCGACCUUCAUGGCUCUAAAAGGUAGCAGCAGCUGCUUGGCGAGUGUCUGCCACCACAAACGCAAACACAAGCACAAGCACAAAUACAAAGAGGACCAGUACUCCAUGUCGCAGAGAGAAGACCUCGGCGGACUCUUCAGUGGAGCCCAGAACCCUGCCUACCUUAGCCUUUUAAACGAGAGGCUCGAGAAAAGUUCUGCGUUGUCCAAACUAAAGGACAAGCAGAGGGACCAGCAAAGCACAGACGUUUCGUCGAAAAGCUCCCGGAACUACUUUGAAGUAGACACGCUCUCGUCACUAACACUGUCUGACUCCCAGCAUUGUAAACGGACCGGAGGGGAAAUAAUGAACAACUUCCUGAAUGUCUGCGGCCGACAGCCGCAUGAGCGCAUGCGAGCUGGUCAGGAUCGGUCGUUGGAUCUGUUCAAGGGGCAGCACAUACACGAGCAAGGUACAAGCAUCCGGAGUCGAAGACGCAGCUUGGAGGAUUAUGGGACUUACAGUGAGAGCAGCAGGAAGCCUUUCUCAAGUGAAAUACAGGAGAGGACCAAGCCAAUGUUCCAGUGCCCAAAUGCAUCCUUACCAGAACCCAGCUCCCUGAAGAUAAGGUACAAGCGCAAGGAAGAGGAGGAGAUACAGCAGGAGGUGCGCAAGGUGUGCUCCUUCUCCAAAAUCCUUACAACCAAGAAGAGCCUGGACCACGUCAACAAGAUCCUCAGAGUGAAGAGACUUCAGAGGCAGGCCAAAACUGGCAACAACGUGGUGAAGAGACGGCGUGGAAGGCCCAGGAAGCAGCCUCUGGACCACGACCAAGGCGUCAUCGGACAGAUGCCCGUGCUGGAGAAAUGCGUCGACCUCCCCGGGAAGAGGAACCCGCAGAACGCCUUGAUGCCCGAACCAUUGGAGUUCUCUAACCACGACUCCAUUAUGGACGCCAUCGAGUCAGUCGUCCAUAGAGCCAGGUCCCAGUCUGUUCCCCAGUCUGCAGAGGGAGGGAAGCAUUGGCCCAAGGCGCAGACAGAGGGCGCUCUGGAGCGUCCGCGGAGAAGCCGGGGAAGCAAGAAAGACGAGAUUUUUUAA